CAAAGCUCCUACGAGUGAGGGGAACACUUAAAGAGGACUGUGAGCGCGAGGCUGGCUUAUUCCUAUUGCUAUUUGCUAGCCGUGUCUUCGGAGGCUUCAGAGACAGAGAAGGGCACUGAGCGAGAGGACGUUCUCCCCUUCCUUCGUUGUAUGUUGUGUGUGGAGUUGUGCUCUGUGGCUGCUCCUGACCAGGGAUCGAACCCAAAACGUUCCAGGUGAUUUUCGUGUACGAUUCCUGGUUGGCGGGUUAGUUAUGGCUGGAAUCUUCAAAGUUGAGGUCCUCGCUCCGGGUUCUAGCAUCCCGUCUCCUUGUGUUCCCUGAUAAAGGUCCCCCCCCCCGAGCUCCGAGGAUAUCUCUUCGUUCAUCAUUCGAGCCAAUAUCAAGGGCAUUCAUAGCUAUCAUUGGGAGAAGGACUCCACGAACGUUGAUGGAUUGUGUUCCCAACCAACGUUCUAUGUAUCGUUGUUCCAAAGUUAGAAACAUCCUCGUUGAAAGGAGAUCUCAUACUGUGAUAUCGACAAAACAAAAAUAAGGUAAACCUUUCGUCAGAGUUCUCGCAUCAGUUCUCUGCCAUCUCUGCGUUCUCUCCCGUCGUCGACUCAAGCUCCUGUUCACAUUAUUGCUACCAACCCACCCAAGGUCAUGACGAUGGACCAACUGGGAACUAGCGUCGCUCCAGAGGUCCAGGAUUCCUUGUCAGCAGCCUCCAUCAAAUUCGAGAUUAAGACCGAAUCUUCGUUCGGUCGGAAACGAGCCUACAGCGAGUCAUCCAGCAGCAGUCUCGUGGAUCGGAUCCCGGGCAAGAUGCGAAAGAUGCAAUUCCAAAAGGAGCCCGGCAUCUGCAACUGUGUCAAGAUCCCGACCAAGGUCACGCCAGACGCCGAGGACAUCAAGGAGCCCAAAGCGGAGAUGAACACGCCGUCUUCGGAAGAGGGAGAGGACGACAAAGAGAAAGAGAAGAAGGACAUUCUGUCCAUGAUGGAGUGCCCAGUGUGCCUGGAACACCCACGAGAGGGACCGAUCUUCAACUGUGAGCACGGCCAUCUUGUGUGUGGUAAAUGCCAGCCCAAAAUCCGUGAAUGUCCCAUUUGUCGAUCUGGGAACGUGGGUCAUCGGAAUCUCUUUGCCGAAAAAAUGCUUAGUCUCACUCUCAAGAGCAUCACGUUGCCGUGCAUCAAUCACAGCGAAGGGUGCAAGGUCACGGGUUUGGCCACGGAGCUUCACAAGCACGAGUCAAUCUGUAUGUUCAGGAAAAUUCAGUGUCCCGCCCAUCACCGUGGGGCGUGCCUUUGGCAAGGAUCUCUCACCAAGCUCUACCCCCAUCUCAGCGAAAAGAAAUGCGCGCAGAUCAUUAAAGUUGAGGAUGAACACAAAUCCUACGUGUCCGUGAUUGGCGAUUUUGUGGAGAAUGAGACCGUGUUCAACCGUGCCUCGACCACCCAUUGGAAGCCCGUGAUGUUAGUCUCUCGCAAGAGCUUUCGAUUCUUCGCCUACUUAGUCAUGUCCCGCACACCCGCCGGGGAAUGGUACUUCUACGUUCGCUCGUUUACUGGUAAAAAGAUCGUGCGGCUCUUAAGGACCAAGAUCACGGUUCGGACCCCGAGCAAGUCAGCUGCGUCUUCGUCUUCAUCGUCGUCAACGUCGACUACGACUUACUCGACCAAUCCGUCGACUGCGGAAUUCUCCUAUACAGGUUCGGUGAACGUUUACAACGAUUCUGAGGAGACCGUGAUCAAGAACGGAAAGUACCUGUUCAUGAAGGAUGCGCAAGUCAAGCAAUUCAAGCAUGAUAAAACCAUACUGGAGUAUGAAGUUCAGCUCUCCUUCAAUUCAAAAUCUAAAAAGUCUGUUGAUUGACAAUAAAUUCCCAUCACUAUGCUUUGUGAGUCA